CCUCAGGGCCAGGCCAGGCACCCUCUCUCCCAGCCAGUGGUUUGAGACAACAUCCCUCCACCAUGAACUUUUCAGGAAAGUACCAGCUCCAGUCCCAAGAGAAUUAUGAAGCCUUCAUGAAGGCUGCUGGUGUACCUGAUGACAUCAUACAGAAGGGAAAGAAUAUCAAGGGAGUGUCUGAAAUUGUACAAAGUGGAAAACACUUCAAGCUCACAAUGACCGCUGGUACCAAAGUCCUGGUCACCGAGUUCACACUGGGGGAGGAGUUUCAGAUGGAGAAUUUUAAUGGAGAAAAGGUCAAGGCUAUAGCACACAUGGAAGGAGACAAUAAGCUAGUGACAACUCUCAAAGGCAUUAAGUCAGUCACUGAACUCAAUGGAGACACAAUCACCAAUACCAUGACCUUGGGUGAUAUUGUCUACAAGAGAAUCAGUAAGAGAAUUUAGACAUAUCUGCUUUUCAUUUAUUUUUACUGAAUAAAAUGGAUACAAUAAAAUGUGGCCUGUUAAAAUAAAUCUGUCUUUGAAUGACUCUA